CAUGUACUUUAUUUUUAGUCUAUCCAAUGAAAGUACUACAUAUAUUUAAUUUUCACUUUCCGUUAUCAAUUAAACUUUAUAAAUACCUUUUUCAGACCUAAUAAUAAUUCCUUAAAAAGUUAAAACUGUAGAAUAUCGGUAAGGGUUAUCGCCUCUGGAAAACCUAGCAAGCUGCUCUUCUCAACUUGUCAAUGGACGAAUCUGCAAACAAAGGAUCUACCGGUAGUGAUGCCGCCAUUCCAAAAAGACGUGAGAUUGGGAGGAUUACGGUGACGGGAUAUGACACUGGGCUUCCUCGUGGUGAUGUGAAGAGGGCGUUGAGAAAACAUUUCGAUUCAUGUGGUCAAAUCACGGAUGUUUAUGUUCCCAUAAAGGAUCGAGUAGAUUAUACUCUCUGGAGACAUGGUUUUAUUUAUUUUGUGGGAGAAGGCGCAGUAGACAAGGCGUUGCAGCUUCAUGGAAGUGACGUGGGAGGAUGGAAUGUCUCUGUAAAGCAUUUACCGUUUCUGGAAAAUGCAGACAAUUUCGCUACAGUAACAGUUAGAGGAUAUGAUACUUCGCUUAGUGAGAUUAAUCUCAAGAGCGCGUUGCGUAAACUUUUAUCCUCAAUUGGAGCAGAGAUUACGGAAUUCAUGAUUUUUAAGAGGUCAGCUGUAUUGUCUGUCGAAGGACAAGACGUAGCAGAGAAGGCGCCGGAACUUACUGGGAGCAAAAUGGGAGGAUUCCCUGUAGUUGUUCGGCGUGAUUCUAAUCUGCACAGAUCCACUGUCCACCACCGUCCCCCUCGUGGCGGCAUUCGUGGCGGCCGUCGUCUCCAAGGAACCAAAAUCAUCGGUUCCGACACUGUAGAAGUGAAAUUGCUUGGGAUUAGAUGUUUUAAAAGUACUCAAACUUCUUCAGAUCGUAAGGUUGCUUCACGUUACGUUAAGUUUAAGCUCAUUGGUUCCACUUGCUUGAUGCCUUUUACUCCAUCGAGUGUAAAGGGACAUCGAAUUCCAGGAGUUUCGACUUCACCACAAUCUUGUAACAGAGAUUUGGAUGAAAAGAAUAAAAUGGGAGACACUAGUCCAAGAACAUCAGUCUCAACAGAUGGCGACACAGAUAACCUAAUGUUCGAUGGUGGGCAUGUGGGUGAUUCUAGCGACCGUUCAAAGGAUAAGUUGGAUCAGAAGACGGUUCGUAGACUUGCUCAAAACCGUGAGGCUGCAAGGAAAAGCAGAUUGAGGAAGAAAGCAUAUGUACAGCAGCUAGAGAACAGCAGAUUGAAGCUAACACAACUUGAGCAGGAGCUGCAAAGAGCAAGGCAACAGGGUGUCUUCAUCUCAAGCUCUGGAGACCAAGCCCAUUCUACCGCUGGAAAUGGGGCAAUGGCAUUUGAUGUAGAGUACAGACGGUGGCAAGAAGAUAAAAACAGACAGAUGAAGGAGCUUAGUUCUGCCUUGGAUGCUCAUGCGAGUGAUGCUGAGCUUCGGAUAAUAGUAGAGGCAGUAAUAGCUAACUAUGAGGAGCUUUUCAGGAUAAAGAGCAACGCAGCUAAGAGCGACGUCUUCCAUUUAUUAUCCGGGAUGUGGAAAACACCAGCUGAGAGAUGUUUCUUGUGGCUUGGUGGUUUCCGUUCAUCAGAACUUCUCAAGCUUAUAGCGAAUAAGUUGGAGCUGCUGACAGAACAACAGUCGCAAGACCUAAAUAACUUGCAAGAGUCUUCUCAACAAGCAGAAGAUGCUCUGUCUCAAGGGAUGGACAGCUUGCAGCAAUCACUCUCUGAUACUUUGUCUAGCGGGACUCUUGGUUCAAGCUCAUCAGGGAAUGUCGCUAGCUACAUGGGUCAGAUGGCUAUGGCGAUGGGGAAGUUAGGUACCCUCGAAGGAUUUAUCCGCCAGGCUGAUAACUUGAGGCUACAAACAUAUCAACAAAUGUUAAGAAUAUUAACAACACGACAAUCGGCACGUGCGCUCCUCGCAAUACACGAAUAUUCCUUGCGGCUACGUGCUCUUAGCUCUCUAUGGCUCGCCAGACCAAGAGAGUGAACCAAACCAUAUACCACUCUUUAGUCUGUACCUUGGACGAAGGCCCACAAAAUUUGAGCUUCCCAACAUUCUUAGCAUAUGAUUUUGACAUGUAGCUCUUAUACAAGAAUAUGAUUGUAUUGUGUUUGUAUUGUAAUACCAGAGUCUAGUAUAUCUUGAAACGGUUAUAGUCCAGUAACAUUUGCACAGCAUCAGCAUAAUAUCGUUUUAACUCCAAAGAGAAUCAAUCAGUCACCACAUUUGGUUUGUUUAUACAAAAUACAAAACCGUCUAAAGAUAUCAACAGAACGGCAAGCAUAUGCAAAAAUUCAAAAUCAUUGUAAAAGAUAGUAACAAUCAAACAAGAGUGGAUGUGGAUGAGUUAAAAGAUGGAGUUGGUCUCGUUCAAGAUGACGAGGAGAGAGACGAUCAGUGCAUAGUCAACGCCUGCAUUUAUUCUAACCACAAAGUCUUGUUUCGCUUUGAAAAACCCUCCAAACGACGAAUUCUCCUUCACCUCGGCGAUGAGAGCGUGGGCAUGGUAAACUUUGGCGGAGUCGUGGGAGUAAGUGCCAACGACGCUGAAGUUUUGGAGAUGACGAGAUUGAAACAUGACGUCGAGGCGGGCCCUCCAUUGAAGAGGAUGAGAACGUUUCACUGUGAACAUGAGCUCCGUUGGAUCUGAGCCUUCUCCUCGGUGAACCGUCCAUCGGUCACUCAACGACGUCAACUUUUCGCGCAUGGUGAGGAGAGGGAACCCGGCGGGGUCACGAAGAACGCGUUUCUUCUUGAAGCUGUCGUGAGGACCGUCCACACGAAGAAGGACGUCAGAGUUGAGGUCCACGACCUCUAGCUUCGCACCGCUAAGUCCUUUACAUUUCUUCUUGACGGUUAGCUCGAGCGGGUAAGGACAGCAGAACACGUCACUCACCACCACCACCUUCGUGUUCUGUGCAGCCACGGGCACUCCCAUCGCAAACCCAUAGCUCACGCGCUGAUAGGGACCAGCCAUUGCUUCCCCUUCUUAAUUUCUGCUCCUUGUGAUUUAUAUAUCUGAUGGAUGAGUUUGGCUAAUUACAAUUCUUUGAUUGUGUAUGUG